AAUGUUUUUGUUGUUCGGGGGAAGCCAAUGUGUGUGGAACCAGGAUGUUCAACCGGCUUUUCAAUAUGGAGACGACCGUGGAGAGUGAGAUUUGAAGGAGACUAAUCUCUUAGCACGUUCUUCGACUUAAUUGAGUUUUGUUUCCUGAAGGUCAGUGUGAUGGAGUUACCAUGAAGUGUGGCCGCUGCCUACUCCAGCUGCAGGGCCUCAGGCUGGUGGACUGGUCAGCCAGAUCUGCAGUCCGGUGUGGUCCUCUGCUCCAGUCAUCCUCCAGCAGUCAGCUCAGCAAGCUGCCUAACAGCCAGCGUCAGGUGAGGCGUUUCCAUGGUAGCCCAGCAUAUGCCAAGAGUCGACCAGUACCAGCAGAGUUCAUCAGUGAGGAGGACAAGAGGAGGGACCGGUCUCUGGUCACCCACGAUGAUCUGUUUGAGCAGGUGGGCAGCGAGGCCAAAACCAAGGCCACAUUUAGCAAAGUGGUGGAGGUCUUCAUCAAGGGAGACGUGAGACGGCGUGGCCACGUGGAGUUUAUCUACGCUGCUCUGAAGAAGAUGCCAGAGUUUGGCGUGGAGAGAGACCUGACCGUCUACAACAAGCUGCUGGAUGUUUUCCCCAAAGAGGUGUUUGUGCCCAGAAACUUCAUUCAGCGAAUGUUCAACCACUAUCCCCGGCAGCAGGAGUGUGGAGUGCAGUUACUGGAGCAGAUGGAGAACUAUGGUAUCAUGCCUAACAUGGAGACCAAAGUCCUGCUGGUCCAGAUCUUUGGGGAGAAGAGCCAUCCCAUGAGGAAGUACCAGCGCAUCAUGUACUGGUUCCCUAAAUUCAAGAACAUGAACCCCUUCCCCAUCCCCCAACAGCUGCCUGAAGACCCAGUGGACUUGUCUCGUUUCUGUCUCAGUCGCAUCGCUAAUGACCUGGACGCUAGAGUCACCGUCUAUCAGCUGCCAUGUACAGACAUUACAGAGAGUGGAGAGCAGGUCUCACCUCCACAUAUAGUAGGUAUCCAGAGUCCCAGCCAGAUGGAGCUACUGGCCAAGCAUAACCCAAGCAGGCCAGUGUUUGUAGAGGGCCCCUUCCCUUUGUGGCUGAGGAAGACCUGUACAUACUACUACAUCCUCAGAGCUGACCCCACACCGCCGGACGAGAAGGUAGAGGAGCCCUAUGAUCCAGAGAGGUGUUUUGGCUAUCCUCUCCAGCUAGACCUGGAUUUGGACCGUGACCUCGGGGAUGAUGAGAGCUUCAGUGUGGAAGACUUGGAUGAGGGUCCAGUCUUUGCCAUGUGUAUGACCGGCCAGGGUGACCAGGCCACCCUCAACCAGUGGAUUUCUGGCCUCCAACAGAACAACCCCAUCCUGGGUCAAGUCCCCACCAUAUUUCGUUUGGACACCGGGCCCAAGGAGCUACAGGGGCCUGCUGAAACAGAGUCGGGACACCAGCACGGCCCAGGAGAAGAGACAAAGGAGAGACAGCCUGCAGAAGAACCUGAGGUUGCAGUAGAAGAUGAGCUGAGGAGAAGCCAGAGGAUGAAACAAUGAACAGACUGAAAAAAUAUCUUGAUAUACUGUAUGGUAUAUGGCUGAUUAAAAGCAUAUUUCUGUGCUGAGUAUGGGCUAAACUAGUGUGAGGUACUGGUUUCUUUUAACUAGAGGACACACGCUUAGUAGAAGAGGAAGAGGACUCUGAAUAAUGUUGGUAAGGUUCAGUAUUCAAAUAAAUAAAAAUUAAAAACUGUG